CAACAUGACCCCUUUGUUCAGACAAAAAUAAUUUUCGAUCCAUUUUCAAGUUCCCUCUCUUUUGACAUCUUUGGAGGGAAAAAAGAACUCUUCCGAAAAACAAAACCUCAAAAUCAAAUUUUCCUUUGUUUAAAUCUAGGUUCUUAGUUACUCCAAGUUCAUUUUUUCAUUUUUUGUUUUAUCUUUCUUUAAUUUCUCAAACUCAGUGGAUCUGUUUAAUUCGUGACCUGAAGUUGCUUUCAUCUUCGGGUUUUGAUUUUUUCAUGGUCGAUUUUGACGCCCAGGACUCCAUGUCAAUGCUUAAGGCAAGUUGGUAGGAGUACCCUUCUGAAGAUUUUGACAGUUUUCCUGUGGAAAUGCAAACCAAGAAAAAAUUAGCUGGCCGAAAUGCUUCUCGAGAGCAUGGCACUCCCAGGAUAUCAAGAGCUCAGAAGAAAGCUUCUGAUAAUGUACAAGCUGGACAAAAGAAAGUUACGGACCUCAUUACGUCUUCAGCUAGGAAGCAGAGAUGUGGAGGCACUUUUGCAAAGAAAAAUGGGGAGUCUAUUGCAUCUACGGAGUUGAAUACAAAAUACAGCUUAGUGCAUAAUGAAACAUCUAAUGCAGCUUCUUUGUGUGAUAAGGUGGAUCAUGAGGGCUGUAAUGAUGAACCAUGUAUAUUUUCUCCUGCUUUUCGCUUAUCUAAAUUUGCUGGAGAGGAAAUUUCCAAUGGUGUCAACUUGAUUAAAUUGUUUCGGAGUGGGGACCAGGAAUUACACCAGGAGAAUAGAACAUACUACUCAGAAAUUGAUGUGGAAGAUGGUCAUGUUACUCGAGAUGCUUUUGAAUCUACUUCCAGAGAAGAUGAGAAUGAGACAUCGUCAAUUUUUGGUAUGGUUGCAAAUAAUUCUCCUAAUGGAGAUUCAGUAGGAGCUGGCCUCUCGUCUGAAGUUUCAGCUAUUUAUCUUGCCAUGAAAAACUCAAAAUUAGAAUGUGUUGAUGAGUAUGAUCAAGAUUGCAUGUCAACAAAGGAGGAGGAUGAUUACGAAGAACUCGAUGACUUUGAUCCUUAUUUAUUCAUAAAGAACUUGCCUGAGUUGUCAUCAGUUGUUCCCACGUUUCGGCCAAUGCUAUUACCUAAACAGACCCGGAGCUGCCCUCCUACUACUCUUGUUUUAGACUUGGAUGAAACUUUGGUGCACUCAACACUAGAACCUUGUGGUGAUGCAGACUUCACAUUUCCUGUGAACUUUAACCUCCAGGAGCAUACAGUAUAUGUUAGAUGCCGUCCGUUCCUCAAAGAUUUUAUGGAGAGAGUGUCUAGUCUUUUUGAGAUCAUUAUAUUUACAGCUAGUCAAAGUAUUUAUGCAGAACAACUUUUGAAUGUGCUUGAUCCAAAGAGGAAGGUAUUCCGUCAUCGGGUCUUCCGUGAAUCUUGUGUUUAUGUGGAGGGAAACUACCUCAAAGAUUUGUCAGUUCUUGGCCGCGAUUUGGCACGUGUUAUUAUAAUUGACAACUCUCCUCAGGCAUUUGGGUUUCAAGUGGACAAUGGUAUACCGAUUGAGAGCUGGUUUAAUGAUCGUUCAGAUCAAGAAUUGCUUUUACUACUACCAUUUCUGGAGAGCUUAGUGGGGGUUGAAGAUGUUAGGCCGUUGAUUGCACAGAAAUACAAUCUUCGAGAGAAAAUCGCUGCUGCUGUUUAUCCUUCUUUAGGUCCAAAUAGGGAAGAUCCUUUCGAAAGGUGAACUUCAAUGGGAAAUGUGAAGUUUUCAAAUGGGGACUGAAUUCAGCCCAUACAAUUACAAUUUAGUUUGAGGAGAGCCCCAUUCUCUUUCAAAGGAUAUGCUCAGAAUACUUGGUGAUUUGAAGUUGUUUGUGGUUCUAACCAGGUUGGUGAUUUGAAGUUGUUUGUGGUUCUAACCAGGUAGCAGGCAGAAUGUAUUCAGGGUUGCAAUUCUGCUCGAGAAUUAAAAACCUUUCUUACAAGAUGGCUUGUGAUAGUGAAUUAUAGUUUAGUACAGUGCUGUUAGCCUGGAAUAAAUUGAUUUAUAGCGGUUUAAUAUACUUGUUCUUGGUUGAUUUCGGAGGUGCUAAAAGUUGUUCUUAGAGAAGUCUGCAACUCCUCGAGGCUAUUUAAUAUUGAAGGUGAAGAAUUUAAUAUGCAGGAAAAAACUUAUGAAAAUAUAUAUGAUGUUAUAUGCAUAUGAUAUGAGUAUUUAAUAAUGGUGCAAGUUGCUAUAGGGAUUUAUAAACAAACUUUUAUGAUUGGGCUUGUAAAGGGCAAAAAGAAAAGUUGCCUACGAGUUGCUGCAAAGGUUUAAAUUAAGUUUAAUGUACUGUAAUUUGGUUCCUCCUCGCAAAAGACUUUCUACGUGAGGCCUAUAAAAUGCAAGCCGUUUGUUUC